UUGGGUGAAUCGGGGGAGCCGCAGGGACGGGGCCCAAUUCGGCUUGUACCUCCCUUCCCUUCCAUGUACCCUGUUAUAUGGGCUUACACAACCUGCCCGCCGCUAGUGUCUGUAUUGAGCCUUACGUAAUGCUCACACCCCCGCUCCGAAACUUCAGGAGCCCCCCGUCAUUCCAUUGUGUCUUACAGGCAAGCGCUGCCCCAACUUCCAUCAGCUACAAUGCAACAGCGCCCCCAGCUGAUGAUUCCUUGUACUGUAGGGCAGAGCCUUCCUCCCCAUCAUUUCUGUUCCCUGGGCUGUAGUGCAAAUGCCCACUGUUCCCUGGGCUGUAGUGCAAAUGCCCACCGUUCCCUGGGCUGUAUUGCAAGCGCCCACCGUUCCCUGGGCUGUAGUGCAAGCGCCCACCGUUCCCUGGGCUGUAGUGCAAGCGCCCACCGUUCCCUGGGCUGUAGUGCAAGCGCCCACCGUUCCCUGGGCUGUAGUGCAAGCGCCCACCGUUCCCUGGGCUGUAGUGCAAGCGCCCACCGUUCCCUGGGCUGUAGUGCAAGCGCCCACCGUUCCCUGAGCUGUAGUGGAAAUGCCUGCCGUUCCCUGAGCUUUAGUGCAAGCGCCCGCCGUUCCCUGGGCUGUAGUGCAAGCGCCCGCCGUUCCCUGGGCUGUAGUGCAAAUGCCCGCCGUUCCUUGGGCUGUAGUGCAAGCGCCCACUGUUCCUUGGGCUGUAGUUCAGGCACCCGCCAUUCCCAGGGCUGUAGUUCAGGCACCCACUGUUCCUUGGGCUGUAGUUCAGGCACCCGCCAUUCCCAGGGCUGUAGUUCAGGCACCCGCCGUUCCCUGGGCUGUAGUGCAAGCGCCCGCUGUUCCCUGGUUUGUAGUUCAGGCACCCGCUGUUCCCUGGUUUGUAGUUCAGGCACCCGCCAUUCCCUGGGCUGUAGUUCAGGCACCCGCCAUUCCCUGGGCUGUAGUUCAGGCACCCGCCAUUCCCUGGGCUGUAGUUCAGGCACCCGCCAUUCCCUGGGCUGUAGUUCAGGCACCCGCCAUUCCCUGGGCUGUAGUUCAGGCACCCGCCAUUCCCUGGGCUGUAGUUCAGGCACCCGCCAUUCCCUGGGCUGUAGUUCAGGCACCCGCCAUUCCCUGGGCUGUAGUUCAGGCACCCGCCAUUCCCUGGGCUGUAGUUCAGGCACCCGCCAUUCCCUGGGCUGUAGUUCAGGCACCCGCCAUUCCCUGGGCUGUAGUUCAGGCACCCGCCAUUCCCUGGGCUGUAGUUCAGGCACCCACCAUUCCCUGGGCUGUAGUUCAGGCACCCGCCAUUCCCUGCCCUGUAAAACAAGCAACCAUUAAACAACCUUUGUGGUCACUCUGCUGAAGGGCAAGAGAUUACCACAUCAUCCCUUGGAUUUGUAAACUCCCAAAUAGUCUGCUGAACAGUCAUAUUAUAGCUGGUUGGAGAUGUUCUGCCAUGGUCAGACUGUAAAAUCCCAUGGCGUUUACUAUUUGUUAUUAAUAUUAUGUAAAGUGUAAACUCACUAUUUCUUGUGUGUGUGGGGCAGAUUAUUAUGUCCUCCCAUGAGGUAUGUGAAGACCUUGUGCAUGCUGGGGGCCAUACAAAAAUGUUGUGGAUGGGCCACAUCUGGCGUUUGGGGCUUCCAGCUGGACAGCCCUGUCAUCUACUGUAAGGAGAAUAUCCCCCUGUUUUCCUUCCCCGCUAUAUGAGGAGCGCUGGCAUAUGGUAGGACAUAAGCACUUUUAGGCACUGGUGGAUGCCUAACAAUUUUCCACUCCCCAUUUAUUUUUCUAUUUGCUUGCCCUUUAAGGGUGGUUUCAUUUCAUUUAAGGGUGGUUUCUCAAUGCUUUUCUGAUGGUACUCCAAAGCAGACUGGCAAUCUGGAGAUUCUGGCAAAUGCCAGAGCGGCAGCUAUAGGAUGCCAUAUUAUUAUUUAAUUAUGUUUGGGCUUCUGUGUUCUUGAAAUGCCAGGGCAUAUUUUGACUUUUUCUCACUCCCAGUUAACCUCCCUUUUAUAAUGAAUUCCUCUAUCAAUUCAUUUUCAUGUCUCUUGUUUAACCUACUGCUUGGUUGCUAGGAUAAAUAAACCCCUAGCAACCAGAUAACUGCUCCAAUACCA